GUCCUACCUAAAAUCACAUAAUUUAGAAAAUAUCAAGUGCUUUCACUGAUUCAAUAUCUGGAAAAGCUAAUUAAGUGAUCAUAAUAAUGGCGGAUGAAGUAGUUCUCUUGGGUUUCUGGCUCAGCCCUUUUGGGAUGAGGGUCAGAAUCGCCUUGGAUGAGAAAGGAAUCAAGUAUGAGCAUAAGGAAGAGAACCUGCAAUACAAGAGUCCUUUACUUCUGAAGAUGAACCCAGUUCAUAAGAAGAUUCCUGUUUUGAUUCAUAACGGCAAACCCAUCUGUGAAUCGCUCGUUAUUAUUCAAUAUAUUGAUGAGGUUUGGAAGGACACAUGUUCCUUACUGCCCUCUGAUCCUUACCUCCGAGCUCAAGCCAGGUUUUGGGCUGAUUUCAUCGACAAAAAGAUAUUCAACUGCGGUAGGAGGACAUGGAUGUCAAAAGGAGAAGAUAAUGAGGCAGCAAAGAAGGAGCUAAUAGAGUCCUUCAAAGUGUUAGAAGGAGAGCUUGGAGAGAAGCCUUACUUUGGGGGAGAGAAUUUUGGGUAUGUGGAUGUGAGCCUCAUCCCCUUCUACACUUGGUUUUACUCCACUGAAACAUUUGGGAACUUCAGAAUGAAUGCCGAGUGUCCAAAGCUUAUGGCUUGGGCUGAGAGGUGCUUGCAGAAGGAGAGUGUGUCGAACUCCCUUCCUUUUCAACAAAGGGUUUACCACUCCUUUGGGCAGAUGAGGAUGAAUUUUGGGAAUGAGUAGAGAAAAAAAAAAAAAAAAAAAGGAGAAUGGUCCAAAACCAUAAAUAGAGUCUGCUACCCUAUGGAGAAGAAAGUUUGAAGGGUCUUUCACUUUUUUAAUUAUUGUUUUUACUCUCAAACUAGACAUGUAUAUAGUAUAUGACAAACUUGAAUGAGGUUUCAUUCGGAAAAUUUUGAAGG